AUGAGCUUCAUAACCUUAGAGCCUUAUGUCAUUCUCAGACACCCACCAAGAAUCAUCAAGAGCAAAACAGAGAACACUGUCCCAACUCCCAACACAAGUCAUCAAAACAUCAUAACAUGGGCGCGCGCUCGUCUAAACGUCUACACACCCCAAAUACACAUACAUCCAUACCCGGACACGCGAUAUAACAAUUCAAACCGGCACCGUCCUAUUCUCCCCGGGCAGCGUCCCCAUCUCACUCCCCUCCUCUUCAUUCUCCCCCGACAUCUCCUCCAGCGACCUCCCCUUCGACUCCGGCACCAACAACGUGAAAAACAUCCCCAGCGCAUUUAUGCACCCGAGCACAAUCAACGAGUUCUUCACCCCAAUUCCCGCCGGGUAACCCGCAUCCCUCUUGCUCGGGUCCUUGGGCUGUGCUGCGUACAGAAACCCGAAAGCCCCUACAAUCGCCCCUGCUUUCCCUGCCGCCGCCGAUAUCCCGUGACACGUCGACCUCAGCCUCGCCGGAAAUAUCUCCGCCGGGACCACGAAAGUCGUCGCGUUCGGCCCGAAAUUCGCGAAGAAGAACGUGAGCGAGUACAUCACCACGAACCCGAUCCGAUUGUCAGGGUGAGUCCAGUGGUUGUACGGAAAGGCGAGCGCGAACAUGAAAACCGUCAUGAAACCGAACCCCAUGAGCUGGAUCGCGAACCGCCCGAUUCUGUCGAUGAAGAAGACCGUGAACCAGUAGCCGGGCACCGUGCUGCAGAGGGCUAUCAGAGUCUGUGCGCGCGCGAUUCUGUAAACCUCCUCGAGCGCGUUCAUGGUCCUUGCUGGCGGGAUCCACCCGAUGGCGCUGAAUAUGUCCUUUUGGAAGAGAACGCGAUGUCGAGGAGGAACCAUGUGGACGUGGUGCCGAGUAGGUGGAGGCCGUGUCUGCGGAGGAAGGCUCGGGAGAAGAGGCCGAACUCGUUGGUUUUGUCAGUGGAGAUUUUGUCGAGCUUUUCUUGCUCGGGCUCGAGGUCGACUUGGAGGACCUUGGACAUGUCGGCGGCCGCGCGCUUGGCGUUCUUGGCGACAAGGGCGGUGUAG